AUGAUCGGCACCGUGCUCUGCUAUGUGCUGCUGCCGGCGGCGCGGCUCCUCCAGGCCCUCCGAGAUGCUUUCUCUGCCUGUCAAAAGAAUGUGCUUCUGGCAAAGAGCCCAUCCACCCAGAUAGAAGGUGUCUUUGCUGCAACCACAGGAAGAUCAGUCCCAGAAGAGCAAGAAGCCCUUCUCCAGCAGUGGCUGGAAGAAGAAGUAGGGAAUUUGCCAGCCAAUGAGAGUGUUCCAGCAGCAAGGAAAGUAUCAGUUACACUCACUAGUGCUUGGUUAGAAGGUUCAGAGCUAUUGAUGACCAGCCUCAGUGACCUGAAUACAUCUCCAGAAGUCGCCCAGUGUGCUGAUCAGCAGCUCUCGGAGCUAAACACCUUGGCUUCUUCAGAAUUGCAAGAUCAUGCAGUGGCUGAACUGGCAAGAUUACCAGCAGAGGAAACAGUGACUGUAGCAGGCAGUGCUCCUUGGGCAGCUGUGGUGCCACAGACAGAUCACCAGACAGCUGGCUGUGAUGGUAUCAAUGUGGAAGUGCUGAAUGAUGACCCAGCUGUGCUGGCCUGGAGUUUAGCAUGUGAUGGAGAGACAGUGCCACCAGUGCUCCCAGCCCAGUCCAUUCAGGAUGCGGUGCCAUUUUAUCCUGUCCCAACAGAGGUGCCCUACCAUGAGAUCUUAUGGAGAGAUUGGGAGGAUCUUUCUGUCCAGCCCUGUGUCUUAGAACAGGUCUCAAAAAACACUUCUCUCUUUGAGUUUCGAGUCAUGUCUUACAACAUCCUUGCCCAGGACCUGGUGGAGCAGGGCCUUGAUCUCUAUAUACACUGUCAUCCAGACAUCCUGAGCUGGAGCUACCGCCUUCCAAACCUUUUGCAGGAGAUCCAGCAUUGGGAUCCUGAUGUUCUAUGUCUCCAGGAAGUGCAAGAGAACCAUUACUGGGAGCAACUGGAACCAACAUUCAAGGAGAUGGGCUUUGCAUGCUUCUAUAAACGGAGGACUGGGACGAAGACGGAUGGAUGUGCAGUGUGCUAUAAGCACAGCAGGUUCCAGCUGAUCAGUCUCAGCCCUGUAGAAUACUUCCGGCCUGGCCUGGACAUCCUCAAUCGGGAUAAUGUGGGCUUGGUGCUGCUGCUACAGCCUGUGCUCCCAGAGGACCUAGGUCUGAAGGCAGUCAGUCCUUUGUGUGUGGCCAACACUCAUGUGUUGUUCAAUCCUCGUCGAGGAGAUAUCAAACUGGCUCAGGUGGCCUUGCUGCUAGCAGAGAUUGACAAAAUUGCAAGAACUACUGAAGGCAGCUACUAUCCUGUCAUUUUGUGUGGAGACCUGAACUCUGUACCUGAUUCUCCACUCUACAAAUUCAUCCGAAAUGGUGAACUUUCCUACCAUGGGAUGCCAGCCUGGAAGGUGUCUGGUCAGGAAGACUUUUCCCAGCAAUUGUAUCCACGGAAACUGCUGGCCCCACUGUGGCCGAGCUCACUGGGUGUAACAGACAAGUGCCAGUAUGUCACCCUGUGCCAGCCAAAGAAACUUGGGAGACGUGAAUACAGCCGUGACUUCCUGCUGCAGUUCCGCUUUUGCGAUGUUGCCUGUGAACGACCACCACAGCUGGUCCUCUUGGAAGGUGUGACAGAUGCUAAACCAGACCGCCCUGCACACUGGCCCAAGCCUGCUGCCAUGGUGAAAGACCCUGAGCCCCAGCCAUUCAUCCCAAGGUGUUCAGGUGUUAUUCAGCAUGGCCUCAACCUGACCUCUGUCUACAGCCACUUCUUGCCACACAGGGGACGCCCGGAGGUCACAACGAUGCCCAUGGGGCUUGGAGCCACUGUUGAUUACAUUUUCUACUCAGCAGAGCCUGUGGAGAACAAGGCAGGUCGCAGGCUGUACAAGGAUGGAGCCCUGAAGCUGCUUGGCCGUCUUUCUCUUCUCUCUGAAGAUGUCCUCUUGAUGGCAAAUGGCUUACCAAAUCCUUUUUGCUCGUCUGAUCAUCUCUGCCUGCUGGCUAGCUUUGGUUUGGAGGUCUCCAGCCUCAGAGAGAGUUAGUGUUGGUUCCCUUUCCCUAAAGAAA